AUGCUUCCUGAUGCACUGGUCAGUGUUUACCGACGCUACAAGGCCGACACCGAUGCCUUGGCUGGCUGGCUUGCGUUGACGGCCAAAUGCGCAGGCUGCCAGCCCCAUCUCCUUGGCUCUUCUGGCGAUGUGCCAGCAAAGCCACCAGGUAGGCUCAAGGGAAAGGCAAGGAAGCUGGCCAGGCUAGAUCCAACUGAGAUCAAGAAGCACAUUAUUCCAAUCAAAUGCUUCAUCCCGCUAGCUGAGUACAUUGCCUCCGCAAGGGCACCGAGAAUCAAAGUGCCCGAGUCCGUCAUAAACAUUGCAGCGAGAGUCAUCCGAGUACGAUCGCAAUUCAGCUCCCGCCUGAGCGAUCACGGCGCCGACCCAAGCCUCGAAUCUGACAAGACACAUUCCCACUUUGUUGACAUUCUCAAGAAAGUCCUCAGCAUUUUGAAUCUGUGUCGUCUUACCACUGGCUCUCCGAAGCGACCGCUCCACGACUCGAUCCGGAAUUCCUUCAGUCACCUCACCGUACAGGAGCCCUCGCAGAGCUUUCUCGACUCCAGUGACGCCGAGCUGCCACCAAAGGUCCACGCAGAUGAUGGUACGAUUUUUGAGGCCGAGCCUCAAACUAGCUACGAGGACGCCAAAGCUGCAUAUGCAAUGCUGCUGGCCGAUUUGAACAAGAUCAGGCGGGAGGUGAAGCUCGUUUGGCUCGCCUCCUCACACGGCACCGUGGAUGUCUCAGCCGCUGGCGUCGUUUCGAACACCGCCAUCGACUUGGCCCGGUAUCUCAUCGACCAAGUUCUCCCCCUACUGAAGGAUCAUGGCGGAGCCUACGAUUUUGGGGCGAGAUACGGGCUGGAGCUGAUCAAAGAACGCGGGCAUUUCAUCCACGGAGUGCCCACUUUCACUCGCGAGAUGCUAGAAGAUUUCUACAAAGACGUCGACGAAACAAUGUUGCUAGCGAUAAACGCGAUCAAAAGGAGGGAAAUGUGCAGGUGCUGUUCGGAAAUGUCAGGUGGCCGUCCUUGGAGUGACAUUCAUCAUCAGGUCACCGACAUCCUGGAGGUUACGCCCUACAAAAUUCAAGAGGACAACAUCAUCUUUGCGGAUUUCUAUGGCGACCUCAUGGAUCUUCUGUAUAACUCCGAUCGAUAUCCCAUCGAAGACGAGUCGGUCCGGGGAAUUCGUGAACUACGAGAAAAGCAACAGUCGCCAUUCUAUCUUGCCUUCGCAGCCCAGGUCAUUCUCGACAUCCACCACACCCUCGGCCCGCGCGUGUCCAGGCCUUUAGCUCAGCUCACAAAGGAGCUCAACUUCAUGGACGAUCUCAUCGACAAGCACUAUCAGACCGACGAUGUUGAUCUGAAUGAGAAGACUGACUGUCGCUGCCUCCGCAGUUUCCAGAGCGAUAUCAAAUACUUCCAAGCCGACCCUACACUUAAGCACAGAAACCCCAACCGUCCGUCGAACCACCUUCAUGGAACUUCCCCUCCGACCAAGCAUCGAAUCUUGAAGCUGUCGCCAGUCCUUUGCGGGGUCGCCAUAUUCAGCUUUCGCUCGAAGAUGCACGACGUGGGCUUCAAAGCCUUCAACCGCAGCCGCUCCAUCGUGUACGCUGUCCACCUUUACAACGCCCUGGUCAAGGAGAAACUGGUCGAGAAUACCUGGGUCGACAUGCAGCUCGCGGAGAACUUCUUCGGCGAGCGUAAUAUCUUUGCCGGCAAGAAACCGAGCGACACGGAUGGGUACCUCAAGCAGCUGAUGCUCCAGGAAGGAAUGACCGUCCGCGGCCUGUGCAACCUUUUCAACCAGCUCAGGGGGAAUGGCCAGGUCAUGUCGGGGGCGGAGAUGCGCCGGUGCAAGGAGACCAAACAGGGAGCCCCCGUUUCCAACAUCUUUAUCCAGAGAUACAGCAAGAACUCCAAGCGGAUUGACCUCAGACCGGAGGACAUAAACGAGAUCAUCUCACGCCGGCGCUGGAUAGAUGUUGAAUCGCCUACCGAGACGAGCGAACGACGCCAGUCCGUUCCGGACUUGAAAGUUCGACAGCAUCUAUCCCCACACGAGUUAUUGAGGCCGUUGGCGCGUGCACUCACCGAAGAAUCAUUCGAGAUCGCCUUUCCGCGUCUCCUGAUGCAAAAGGUCUGCUGGGAGUUUCUGCAAAAGGUCAACGACGAGUGUGGACCAGAUGUAGAUGAAGGCCUUGACCAAAGUACUCCUUGUACUCCGAAAGACAUUGUCGGUGAUAUCUUCUCCCUUGCGGUAGCCGAUAGGACCAAGGGCAUGAAGGUUAUGCAAAAAGCUGCUCAGGUGGUUGAGGACACGCUUGCGUCUAGAUCACGGAGCGUGGUUCUCGACGUGAUGGAGAAAGACUUUGGUCUCUCUAGGGACCUGUUGGAACAAGUUUGUGCCGCUUCAAAGCUGGCCAGUGUCUUUUAG